UUUUUCCUCCUGGUUGAAGACCAAAGAAAGAGUGGCUCAGCACGAGGGACUCAAACACAGAGCCAGGAGCAGCCCUUGCCCAGGUCCUCUUCUCUGGAGAGAACAGCAGUGCGUGAAGGUUCAAAGCUCCCUGGUGUUUUUGCAUGGAGGGAAGGUCAGGAGUUAGCCAGGAAACUGCUUGGUCCACCGCCUGCAUUUCCAAAGCUGAGAAGCAAAGCUGAAGAGCAGAGCACUGGAAAUACCUAUGGGCCCGACAUUGCAAUGCCAGCAAUGGAGAAGAGUUCCAGAGAAAAGAACAACGAAUCUGUGGGGAAAAGCCCCGAAUUCCAAAGCUGUGCAUCUCCCCACCAUGGCCCUGCUGGAAGGAGCAGCAGUGCACCGACCAAAGGUGCAAAGCAAAUACUCAGGAGCCUCUAUUUGCAAAGCCAGUGCCAUGAUGACUGCAGGCAGAGUGGGCUCCUGGGGGAUACCACGAAGGGAAAGGUUCUGCAGUGGCACCAUUCGCCUUCACCUGGACCUCAGGACACGACUCCCUCUGCUUUUAGUGCAGGAAAGAGAAGAGCUGCAUCAGUAACAGCUGGAGCCAAAGCCAGCAGCUCUGGAAGCAUCCACAGAGGGAAAAGCACAUCUCCUCAGGGGCGGACCCCUGUGCAGAAAGGGUCUGAGAAAGAAAACCUGAAACAGCUUCCAAAGAGGAGGGUAAAGCUUAAAAACCCUCAUCCCUACAGCCGUGAGGCUGUUCAGGAGUUUAUGUGUAGGAAGAAUGAAGAGAGAAAGAAAAAAAGGCUGGAAGAGAAAAAGUCUGCGAUGCAGGCGGUGGAAAUGAGGAGUAAGAGACUGCAAGAAGUGUACAGGAAACAGAGAGAAGCUCUUGGAAAGAAAACGUGCUCUGAGCAGAUGUGCAAGAUCAUCAAGGGAGCAGCUGCUGCCAAAGGAAGUGCUCAGAGCACACUUGAGCAAGAGCAAACAAAUGGUGGAACCCUGAAGCGCAGUUUCAUGGCCUGGGUGGAAAAAUCAUCUCAUACUGCACUACAUCGAGAUCCCAGAGACAGGAAUCAGCUUCUAGAAGCCUUUCAAUCACUUAAGAACAGAGAGGCAUUACCUUCUGCAGCACUGCUGGUGUCUGAAUCCUGGCUUCCCAGUCCUCUGAAAUGUCAGGACUUGAGGGAUUGCUCCCCCGCAGCUCUGGAUACUCCUCUAAGCUUUUCCCCUCCUCAGAAAGAUACAAAACCAGGCUUCAAGGACUCAACUUCUGGCCUUUCUCCAUAUAGAAAUAAAUGGGACCGAGUGAAAGCCAUACACAACCUAUCCAAGGAGCUUGCAGAAAAGAUUGAGAUGGCAACUAAGAGGCUGAGUGCAACAGGCAAUGGUAACGAUUCUGCUGUUAAAGUAUCAGCAGAGACAACCUGGGACCUUUACAAUGAAUGUUCUGUCCCAAAGCCAGAGGCAUCCAAAGAUGAGCAGGAUGGGACAAUGACUGUUCAGAUGCUGCUGGGAGCCCCUGGCCUUGAUAAGUUACAUGUGCCAUCUGACAGGGAAUGUCAUGGACCGGGCAGGGUUGGCCUUGUGGAUAGCACUGAGGGAACAGCAGACCUGGACAGAGAGAAGAAAAUAGCUUCUUUAUCUGGUGGGAGUGCUGUGAGCCAAGAGUGGCCGUGGAUCACCCAUGGUAUAAGACAGAGACAUCCCAGUGCUGGGAAGAGCUUGAGCAGCACGCUGGAAGGUUUUCCAGUGAAUAAAAGCUCCAAAGUGGACACGAGCCUAUUGCAUGAAAAGCCAAUAUCCAGCCCAGCCUCUCCAUCUCACGGAUUCCUUGCUAGAAGCCUGCAGGCAGACCCUGCAGCUCAGAGGUGUGAGGCCACUCCAGGACUGCAGGAUCGAGGGGCAGCUGCCCAACACCAUCCCUGCAUGGAGAGCAUGAGGACAGCAGGCAGCCACACACUGCAGCCCUGCAGAGCUCGAGGCAGCGCUGAGCAGCACUGUGGUGAGGCAGACCCUGGCUGUGCAGAACUGAAAGAGAAACACGGGAACCAUCUGCACAACCUAAACCAAACUUCCCUCCUGCUGGCUCACAAACUGAAGGCACAUCAGCUCCAGCAGAAGCAGUGGCUGACAGUGCUGAGUGAGAAAGCCAAGCUGGAGCUUUGGGAAAGCCAGAGGUUUUUGAGUGACCUGCUUCAGAAUGACUUAAAGCUGUGCAGUAGUUCUAAAGGCAGUGAUUCCCCUGUGCCAAAGCUGGACCAUGCAGAGCAAACAUGGGUGGGACACCAGUCUGCAGGUGGAAGCACAGCUGGCAGUAAUGAAGAGAUGAACUCGAUCAAACAAUUUCCAGUGACUAUGGAGAGAGAUCACAACCCACUGGAUUCCAAAACUGUGGGACAAAGAAAAUCUCUGGGAGGAAGGAGUUCAUAUGACCCAGCCCUUCAUGGAGGAUCUCUGCCAGCAGAGGAUGGGGAGCCAUUGCAUGACCUGAACCUGCAGUCAGCUCCAAUAGAGCUGCCCCCUGGGGAGCCCUGCACAGCAGAUGGCUCCAGGGAGAGCAGUGACCAGGACAGCCAGUGGAGUGAUGUUGGCCAGCACUAUGGACGCUCCAGCUCUUUCUGUUCCUUCAGCCUGGCCAUGGCAGAGCAGUGCUUGAGGGGAGAGGAGCUGCGUGCCCGCCACCAGGCUGCCCUCCUGGAGCUGCGCAGGAGAGCUCUGCGGGAUAAAGCCAGAGCAGAACUGGCUUGGCUGAGCCACCAAAGGCGCUGUCUGGAACUCCUGCAAGAUGCUGAAGGAGCCUCUGCUGUGGCUGAGAAGCAGCGCAAAGUCUUAACAGAGCUGAAACAGGAGCAGGUAGAAAUACAGCACCUGCAAAAUAUCUACAGGGCUGCACAUCAAGAAAGGAAGCUCUUAUUAAAACAGCAAAGAGAAAUCUUAGUGAUACAGCAGUCAACAGCAAAACUCCAGGAAGAGCUGCAUCAUCUGAGUGGGAAGAAAAAGCUUACCAAAAGCCCAGCAACUGAAGAAGUAAUUAAGCUAAAGAAGAGUCAGAUUUCUAGUGUUAUGUUAGGUUCCUCCUUGGCAGAACAUACAAGGCCUGAUGUGCCUGGGGAUAAACAGGAUUGUGUCCAGCUAAAGAACAAACAAAACAAGAAAUAUGAUGGCUUUUCUACCAGGAAUAAGAAAACACUGCUACACUACCAGGAACAGACAGAGGAGCCUGUGAGUUUGCAGCAGUCCCUGGGUGCACGAGGUCCUGAUUUGUCUGGGACAGAAGCCAAGAAAGUGUGUGAUGCCACCAGUCAAACCACAGGCGUGGUCUGUGCGAUCAAGCAUACCACAGACACAGGUGGUGAUGCCGCAUUCUUAGAAGAUCAAGAGAAUGAUUCUGUGACAGUGGAGAAAGCACCACGGGAGCAGAGAAAUGGCAGAACUUCUAGAAAAGAACAAGACUCGUGUAGUCCAUUUCAGGCUGGAACAAGUAAGAAGGAUCUUUCUUUUGAUGACCAAGAUGGUGAAAAAAGAUCAGCACUGGUGUCAAGUGAAUCUACAGUAACGGAAACUCAGUUAAGGAAAGAAAGUUCAUUAGCUGAGCAAAGGGUUAGCCCAGAUCCUGAAAGAGAAUCACAGAUCAUGCAUGUAGCUGAAAAAGCAUCUUCUGAAAUCCUUUUUCCAGAAGCUGUUCCACGUGAAGAGGAAAUGUCUGCCCCUUGUGAGAUCCACCAGGCUGAUGGCAGUCAGUGUGUGAAGCCUUUGGACCAUAAUUCUCAAGAAACCUCUGAUGAAGAGCUACAGUGGAAAGCAUUUCCCAAAGGAUUAGGUUCUACUGAGUCACUGUUCAAGUCAAACACCUUCUCUCCAGGCUCUGAAAGUGCCAGAUCUGACUGUUCUCUCCCAGACUUUCAGAAGGUGUCUGCGGUUUGGAUUGAUAUUUCAGAAUGCUCUAUUUCAGAGUUUGAAUUAGAGGUGCAAAAUGCAGAGGAUACUGAUGUCGGUGUUCCAGAAGAAUUAGUCUAUGAUGCUGUUCCUAACGCUCCAAAAGAGACACCAAUAGAUUCUGGAAGGGAAACAUCACAUAGUGACAAACAUAAUGAACGUGGUGUGUCCAAGGAUGACAGCAGCACAGAGAUUUUAUCGUGUUCUCAGAUCUUCCAGAAAUGCCCUAGAGAGGCUUCAGCUCAUGGGCUCACUGGUCAUUUGCUUUCUUUCCUUUCAACAGACAAAGCGAAUACCUCCAAAACACCGUCACUGGAUUCCUCUCAGUUUGAUAAAUCCACCAAGGGGAUGGAUAAACCACACUUGGAAGCCACAGAAAACUCAAAAAGUGCAGCUGCCAGCUCUUUUUGCAGUGAUGAUAUUUACCUACUUCAAAUCUACGAACAGCACAGUCCUAAUUCUAUAGCUAACAAAUCCAAAAGGAAUGAUGGAAUUAACUGUUCAUUAGGGGAUCAAAGUCUUCCGCUGGUGGAUUCCUUGCAACCUUUAGAUGUGGCUGCUAACCAAUUCAGUAGCGCUGUCUCUUUUCCACCCAGUAAAGAUGAUGCAAAUGAUAAAUUAGCAGCAUGUGCAUCGUUCAGAAAUGCAACAGUGCAAAAUGAUCAUGCGCAGCUUUUGAAUGAGAGAGACAUAUCCGAAAAACUUGAUCAGAUUGUAUCUCUGCCCUUGUCCACACAAGGAAUUUCUGAGGAAGUCCAUACAGAAACCACCUCCUUUGGGUCUUUGCAGAGGUUGGCGCCAGUAACUCAUAAGAACACAAAAACUACCAGGCAAGCCACAAAGGGACUGGGGAAUGGAGAGUUUUCUUCCAUUUCCUCAACAAAGCAACUGUUUCAAUCUGAGAAUUCUUUUAGAAGUGAAGAUUAUACAGUUUUUAUUAGUGAUGAGGGCCUCCAUCCGGCUGAUGAGGCUACCUUGUCAGAAAUACUGUCUCCUGUUGAUGAAGUGUUGUCCUAUGGAAGUGCUGACUUGCCAUCCUCUAAUAAAAAGGAUUUGUCAUUUCCAAGUGAAGACCUUCCUCCUCCCCCUCUGGGUGUAGAUAUAAUGAAAAAUGAUGAUUCUAGCUUCAGUAUAGAUGAUUUCCCAUCUCCACCAGAACAAAUGACAGACCCAGAGACUGGACAGUGUAUGAAUGACGAUAUAUCACUGAAAAUUGAUGCAUUCCCCCCAGUACCUGAUACUGCUGUGUCUGAAGAAUAUCCUUUGCUCAAUAGAGAGCCAGUUGAUAUGUUUUCCACUCAGGAAGGUAACCUCUCAGAACUAAGUUUAGUUGAAGAAGAGAUUUCCUGUGCAACGGAGCACUUGUCAGAAUACCAGGAAGGAGAGCAGGAGACGCCUUUACAGUCUUUGGAGCUUCUGCCUGUGUCAAAUCCCAUUUCUUCUAGUCAGGCCAGUGAAAAUCCUGCUUCUGUGAUGAAACAAUGCAAAACAUAUGUAAUGCUGCCUGCAGCUGAGGAGGACAGCGAUGACCCAUUAUCAGCAUUUGAAAUUGGAGAUAGAGUAUUAGUAAAGCAGACCGAACCUGGAACUCUGAAGUUCAAAGGACGGACUUGUUUUGAUAGUGGUCAUUGGGCUGGUGUUGCACUGGACAAAGCUGAAGGUGAUCAUGCUGGAACUUACAAAGGGGUGAAGUACUUUGAGUGUGCACAGCACUGUGGUAUCUUUGUCAGACCUGAUGAGAUUUCACACCUCUUGGAGGUUAACAAAAGUGGUUCCAGUUCCACUGGGGAUGAAGACUCAGACUCCUAUGAUGAUGAAUCCUUCCAAAGAGAUGAGAAAUACCCUGAAGUUGAUGAACAGGGUGCAGGGGUAACAGAGCAGAAAGCUGAAGAUACAAAAAGUACAGGAGGAUCAGAAGUGUCAGAAAAGCAGUCUAGGCUGUAUACUGCCUUGCAGUCUGGAAAAAGUCAAACAUUUCCACAUUCUGACCACUGUAAAUGUGAUGAAUAUAAUCCUCAAAAUAAUUUAAUGUGUUGGGGAUCAGAUAAAGAGAAAACAGAUAUGAUACGAAUAAAACAAAGGAUGCUUGCAGAUGUGCCUCCAAAGGAAAAUAAGAUUACUCAUGCAGAUGGGAUAAACACAAGCAAAAAUGUUUGCUGCUUGGUAAAGAAUCAGAAAAGAAAUAAACUCACUGAUGAUAUUGCAGCUGAACUUAGUAAGAAACUUCUAUUUGAUGCGUUAAUUGCAUUCUCUGAAACAGCUCAACACAAAUACAGAAGUGCCUUUGAAGACGAUGUGAUGAAUUAUAUCAAAGGCCUAAAAGAAGGAGACAGUCAGAAACAAUUUCUUAUCAAAGAAAAUCCAGUUGCUAGCUUAACUGAGCAAUCAGCAGAGGUUGCUGAUCUUUUACUGCACAAUUUCAAUAUGCUUAGCAUUCAUGGCUGUCACACAGCAGCAGAAAGAAUUGUGUCUAAAUUUGUAGAUGAUGCAGUUAAGGAAUAUAAGAAGAUUAAAAGAAAACAAGGAAUAAAAACAGAGAAGAGAUUUCCUUCAUCUUCAGAGACUUCUCCAAUUACUUUGCCUUUCCUUAUAAGACUCCUCGAUGCUGGUGUUUUUGGAAGCUCUAAAGACUUCAAUCAGCCUAACUCUAAUGAAUGUGCUCGAGAAAGUCAAACGCAAAAACAAUACUUAUUGGAUCACUGGCACUCAGCUCCUUGGAAGAAAACCGUAGAAGUUCCCCUUGUGGUACCACACUAUACUUCAUAUGUUAAAAGCUUAUCUGCAUGUGCUGUAGAAGAACUAUGGACUCCAGAAAACGUUUACUCAAAUUUCACAAGAACCAAUGUGCCAAGGGAGUUUGAGUGUAAUGACUUACCAGGGAGUGAUCUGGAAACAGAAAGCAAGAGGAUGUAUAAUCAGGUUAUAUUUGAUUUGACUCAUGAGCUCCUACGUGCGGAAUAUCGAGUAGCUGCACAUCCAAAUACCUUUCCAUGGUUGAAAGAAAACUUGAGAUCUUGCUGUUUGAGGUGUCGCUGCAGAAGCACAGAUGUCGAUGAGGUUAAGACAUUUGUGCAGGGGGAAAUUAUGAAAAUAAUGAACCUGGAAAGGAACGACUUAGAAAGGAAAAGAAAAUUCCUUAAUAUGACUAAGUAUGGAAACUGUGAGAGAGACAGAGUGGAUCUCAUUCUGGUUCAGGAACUCCACAAAGAAGAAUCUCAAUGGACUUACUACGGUGAUGAUGAAUUAACUGUGAAGAUGAGCAUGGCCGAAGACAUAUUUGAUAGCUUGAUCCUUGAUACAGUCAGAGUUCUCAACAAGAUUUAUUUGAGCAAAGCCAGUGAUUAGAAAUUCGCCCUCAUGGUGGAGUUUUAAUCCCUGAUUUUUAAAGCAAGAGAUGCAUGAUUGAUAAUUUUCAUUCCAAUUUUACACAGUAUAAGCGUUGUCUAAGUUACAUGUUCACAUUUACAAUGAAAGGAUGCAAAUAAAAAAAUACUACCUAACAUAUUCUUCUUAAGUUCUGAACUUUGGGAAUGCUGAUUAAGCUCAGUACUCUUCUUAGAGUGGUGUUAUGACGAUAGGUGAUCCACAAUCUAGGUGACAAUUGUAUUCUUCUGGCUUUUUUUGAUCAGCGUAGCACUUUAUUCACCUAUGCAUUUUAAGAGCUCCUCGUGGGUUUAAAAUUGUAUGGGAGUCUAUGAUUAUACAGACAGGGUUCAAAAACAAUUUGUGUGUAAAUGAUCUUACCUUUAUUAUCGCAUUCUGGUUGUGAAUGAUGAUGGAUGAAUCACAUUUUAAGAAAGAUGUUCAGAAAAUCAAUGCUGUCUGUCUUCAGGAAAUCAGGGUGCAGAUGGAAUUAAAUAUUACAGGAAGUAAAUCGUUGCUGAUCUCUUGCAAUAAACUCUUCUAACAGGGGAAUGAGACUAAAUCUCUUCCUGGUGCGCUCAGCACUGUUACAGAUGUGAGAGUGCACCAGUUUUUACAUCCUGUGAAGUUUUAUAUUUAAAAUCAUGAUAUUUGCAGUCCGAUUGAAAUGCACUUUGUUUCUAUUUUCAAGUACCGAUGGUUUAAGUGUUUUCACACUGAAUUGCUUUCUGAAUAAACAAAAUAAUGCAACUCA